GGUAUUUGAGGCGGCAAAAGGAGGACAGUUCCUAUCGUUACCUGGCUUCCCUCUUCCAAAACGUGUCAUAACAAUGUCGAACAAUAGCGCCAACUCCUUCUUCCUUUCACUCCUUCUACCACUUUGUCUUUGCAAAUCGGUGUAUAUAUCCAUCUGAUCCAUCUCGAUCUGUUUCGCAAGCCAUGGAUAUCGUCACAAAUCUCGUUGACCAGUUCUUGAACCUCGUCGCUCCUCCAGUUUCAUUUUUCUCUCUAUGCUUCUUCUUACCUCCCUUUCUUCUUCUCAAGUCCUUCCUCUCCGUUUUAGGCUACAUUUUCAGUGAAGAUGUUGCCGGUAAAGUCGUCCUCAUCACCGGUGCUUCCUCCGGCAUCGGAGAGAAUUUGGCGUAUGAGUAUGCGAGGAGAGGGGAUUGCUUAGCCCUAGUUGCUCGGAGGCAGAAUCGUUUACGAGCAGUUGCAGAUAACGCGCUUGAGAUUGGGUCUCCUGAUGUAAUCGCGAUCAAUGGUGAUGUUUCAAAGGUUGAAGACUGUCGACGAUCUGUUGAGGAAACUAUAAAUCAUUUUGGGAGAUGUGAGUUCGAAUUUUGGGGGAAUUAUUUCAAAAAUUUAAUUUGCUCCUUUUGUCUUUUAAAUUCGAUUGAAUUGUGUACUAAUUCAACAUUUGAUGCAGUGGAUCAUCUUGUUAAUAAUGCUGGGAUCGGCAUGGCUUGCAUGUUCGAAGAAUCAAUCGACACUACUGAGUUUCGAAACAUAAUGGAUACAAACUUUUGGGGCGCAUCAUUUACCACCCGUUUUGCCCUUCCACAUCUUAGGGACACCAAAGGCAAGAUUGCUGUCCUUUCCUCUGCUUCUUGGCUUCCUACACCGAGAAUGAGCAUCUAUAAUGCCAGCAAAGCUGCUUUGCGGAGUUUAUUCGAGACAUUGAGGGUUGAAGUUGGAUCUGAUGUCAAAAUAACCAUAGUAACACCUGGCUUCGUAGAAUCUGAAUUGACUCGAGGAAAAUUUGUGGUGAGAGAUGGCAAAGUGGUGGUGGAUCCAGACAUGAGAGAUGUCGUAGUGAGUGCCAUGCCUGUUGCACCAGCGGCAGGAAGCGCGAAGGCAAUAGUGGAUAGCGUUUGCCGUGGAGAUAGAUAUUUGACAGUGCCAUCCUGGUUCAGGGUCACCUACCAUUGGAAGGUGUCAUGUCCAGAGGUGAUCGAAUGGGUACUCAGGUUGUUUUUUAUUCCCAGCUCUGGAAGUCCAGAUGAGGAGGCGCUUAGCAAGAAGAUAGUUGAUUACACUGGAAUCAAGAAUAUCUUAUACCCAUCUACGAUCCAGUCACCUGAGCUUAAGGUAGAUUAAUCAAUUAAUUAGGAUAUGGUGCUUGAAUAAAUGUAUGAUAAUGUAAAUCCUGUUAAUAUAGGUAGAGUUUGUCUUGGUUUUGUGAGUUUGUUGUGGGAUAGUAUUUGUGGGCUUGAAGAAGUGUUGAAUGUUAACUAGCUAUUUGUGUUUGAUUAGUUGGCCUCUUUGUUAUUAUGCAUAAUUUCCUUGAGCGAAUUUGAGAUAAAAUCUUCUUGAGCUUCCCUGUGAAUUCAAAAGCUAUAAGUAUUAACAAUUGAUGGCAGUAGCAAAGUUGUUUCCGGUUGACAACCUC